CCACGCACUGGUCCUUCCUGCCCGGAGUCACGUCGGUCGGAACACCGCUCCGUGUCCUCGUGUUCGCUCUUCAACGUCGUCCACCGAGCCGAGUCGGGUCUAGGUUAUAGUGCUCCAGUAGUUGUUCAAGUUUUUCACCAUGGCUGUCGGAGAUUUCAAGUCUGAGAAGGGUGUCAAGGACCUGGACGCCUUCCUCGCCGAGCGCAGCUACGUGGAGGGCUUCGUGCCGUCCCAGGCCGACGUGUGCGUGUUCGAGGCCCUCGCCAAGGCGCCGUCAGCUGCUACCCCGCAUGCCCUCCGCUGGUACAACCACAUCAAGUCGUACCAGGGCGCCGAGAAGACCAAGCUACCCGGCAAGAAGGAGGUCCCCGCCGCCCUGCUCAAGGGAGGCGCCGCCGCCGCCCCCGCGGCCAAGCCCGCAGCCAAGCCGGCCGCCAAGCCUGCCGCCGAUGACGACGACGACGUGGACCUGUUCGGCUCCGACGAGGAGGAGGACGCAGAGGCCGCAAAGAUCAGGGAGGAGAGGCUCGCCGCCUACGCCGCCAAGAAGUCCACCAAGCCCACCCUGAUCGCCAAGUCCUCCAUCGUGAUGGACGUCAAGCCCUGGGACGACGAGACCGACAUGAAGGAGAUGGAGACGAAGGUUAGGUCCAUCACCAUGGACGGCCUGGUCUGGGGCGCCUCCAAGCUGGUGCCGGUCGGCUACGGCAUCAACAAGUUGCAGAUUAUGUGUAUUGUUGAGGAUGACAAGGUUUCAGUGGACGCUCUUUCUGAGGAAAUCCAAGCCUUUGAAGACUUUGUUCAGUCUGUUGACAUUGCUGCCUUCAACAAAAUUUAAGUUAAUUCUUUUCUAAUUUAACAAAUUUAUAUAUUUUACUGAUAAUUUGCGAUACCUGUCUUGUUUUGUAAUUACAAUGGAAACGAACUGUACUGAUGACCCAGUAAACGAUGCUCACCUGUA